CACACUGGAGAGAGUCAGUCCGCUGCUUGUUGGACGGGAUAUCACAUCAGAAACUGCAAAAAUGGUUGAGCAAUUUAUCGGAACGUGGAAGAUGAUUUCCAGCGACAACUUCGAUGACUACAUGAAAGCAAUUGGUGUGGGCUUUGCGACCCGGCAGGUGGGGAAUCGGACCAAGCCCAACCUGAUAGUGACCGUGGACGAUGAUGGGAUCGUAUGCCUGAAGUCUCAGAGCACCUUCAAAACUACCGAGAUCAAGUUCAAGCUCAACGAGCCGUUUGAUGAGAUGACCGCAGACGACAGGAAGACCAGGACCGUGGUGACUCUGGAGAAUGGCAAACUUGUGCAGAAACAGAGCUGGGAUGGCAAAGAGACAAAUAUCGAGAGGGAGAUCACGGAUGGGAAAUUGGUAGCGAAAUGCACAAUGGGAGACGUGAUCGCAGUGAGGACGUACGUAAAGGAGGCAUGAUGGGGUCCCUUCAGCCCUCUCCAUGGACGCAUCGCUGGAUGACAGGCUCAGUUCAAUGAGCGUAAAAACCAAACUAAAGUAAAAAGGCGUGUCCUGAUCUUUUUAUUCUUUAUCUUCACUGUGUUGCCAAAAAAAUCAAAUUUUCUGUGCCUCUGUUCUCCAACAUGACAACAUUUGGUUUCAUUUGGAAUUGUGUGGUGAUUUAAAUAAAAAUAAAUGAAAAUUUUAUCAAAA